AUGGAAGGUCGGGCAGCGGCUCCGCUGUGCGGCCCGGGCACGGCCGGAGGCGGGGUGGCCAAGGCAGGCUGGGGAUCCCGGAGCCCGGCCGGCGAGAGCGCCGCGUCCCCUCGCCCCGGGCUUCCUCCCACCCAGGAAGAAGGCGGUGCCGCGGACCCGUGUCAUUCUCUCCGACCGUCCGUCGGGGCAGCCCGCGCGGAACAGCGCCAGGGGCCGCGGGGCUCAGAGUGCAAAGGCGGCGGGACCGAGGGGGUGGGGACCGGGGCGCAAGCAGUCGUGGGCAGGGGAGCUGGGGCUUUACCGUCCGCUUCGUGCGCCGCCGCAGCCGAUCCGCGCGGCCCAGGGUCCUCCACUAUUGUUUCCGGCCGCAGCGCAGGCGGCCGCCGUGGAGAAGGCUGCUGUGCGCCGGCCCCGCCCCCUCCCGCCGGUGCCAUCCCUCGGAGGCUCUGGGGGGGCUGGGGGACGGCGCGGCUGAUAGCGAAGCCGCGCGCUCGCUCGGCGGCCGCGGGCACCGCCGCUCCCCUGCUGCACCGACGCCGCGGCCUCAACUCGGAUUUUCUCUUGAUUCCGCGCCUCUUGGCCGGGGUCUUUUGCUGUUCUGUGGAAGGUAAAUAACUAGGAGUGGAAUUG